GUGCCCUCUUCUGUCCACUCCACUUCACUCCGCUCGCAAUGGCUGUUCUGUCUGUCCUCACACCGAUUUUAGUGGCUGUCCUGUGCCUGGUAAUUGGCUUUGUGGUGUUGAAAUCACGCGAAACAAAGACAGCCUCUGGGGGAAAAACCAAAGGGGCAUCAAAGGAAGAUUUCAGGCCCUGGGUGGACCAGGACUUAGAGGAUAACUCAGAAAAUCCAGUGCAAGACAAAGAUGGUGGUGAUUUGGUGGAUCAUGAUGAGGAGGAGAACAUGCCCCACGUGCCUUACUCGCUUCCACGUUACCCUGUGCAGACGAUGCAGGAGAGAUCCCACGAUUUCUACUGUCUGAUGAACCAGCGGAGAACAGUACGAUUCAUUAGCCCAGAGCCGGUCCCACGGGACAUCAUCGAGAAAGUCAUCCACACCGCAGGUACGGCCCCCAGUGGAGCACACACAGAGCCCUGGACGUUUGUUGUCGUGUCAGACUCGGAGACAAAACACCAGAUCAGACUGAUUGUGGAGGAGGAAGAGGAGAUCAAUUACCGUCAAAGAAUGGGGGACAAAUGGGUCUAUGACUUGGCCAAACUGAAGACAAACUGGAUUAAGGAGUAUCUAGAUGUGGCUCCAUACCUGAUCCUCAUCUUCAAGCAAAUUCAUGGGAUCCUACCAAACGGCAAGAAAAAGAUUCACUACUACAAUGAAAUCAGUGUUUCCAUAUCCUGUGGAAUCCUGCUGGCUGCGCUGCAGAACAUUGGUCUUGUUACCGUCACAUCGACGCCCCUGAACUGUGGCCCCAAGCUCCGGAUGCUGCUGAAACGGCCGACCAAUGAGAAGCUGCUGAUGUUACUUCCAGUUGGUUACCCUGCUUCUGAUGCCACUGUACCCAACUUUACACGCAAGCCUGUGCAUGACAUUAUGGUGCACAUAUGAGGCAGCUGAUCUGCCGCAUGAAAGUCACUGGUUCACACAGCUUUGUGAUGCAACACUGACUCCAACAAAAACAGAACCUCUUAUCAAACCUAAUCAGCUCCACGUGAGUUUGUUGCCCUUUGUACAUUGACAGCAGUUACAUAAAUGGAUUAUGAGGACAUUUUAUGAAGAGACAGCCCUUCAGUCGGGGAAGAGUUAUUUACAUUUGCAGGCAAACCUGCAUCUCGUUUAAAAUGCUUUCAUCAUUUUUCUGUAUUUCAAGAACUGGACUUUGACAUUAUAAAGAUCUGUACCCAAUUUUUCCUGUUAUGAUGUCAUAAAGUCCAAAGACUCAAA